AUGGCUGCUUGCGAGGCAAACCCCAAUGCGACAAAGUCUGAGUUCCUGCAUACCGAACAACGGUUCUACCCCUCACAGCAUGUUCUCAUCUCUUGCGGCACCGUCCCCGUCGACCCCUACAGCCGUAAAAUCGCAGUUCUCCGCGACAGCGCAGACGGCACCGUAUCCCUACCAAAAGGCCGCAAAGAAAUCGGAGAGGACUUACUGGCCACCGCCCUGCGCGAGACGCGCGAGGAGACCGGGCUGACGGUUGAGACCAUGCCGCUCAAGGUCGCGACACGUGCCACACCAGCGCCGGCGCUUGAGGGCACCUUGUCCGUCGGCAAGAAUCCGGAUGCUACGGAUGAAUUGCUCACCUGCGAGGCAUCUUCGGUGUGUGUGUAUCCGUGUAUCUAUACUGGGGCGCUGAAGAUUGUUUUCUGGUUCGCGGCCAAGGUGGAUUCACGCGAGAUCCCGCAAGAUGUGACGCAGGCGCCUUGGGACAAAAAUGUGAGGCUAGAAUGGGUCGAUGCCCAGAAGGCGGCAGCAAUGAUGGCGUUCAAGGCGGAUGGUGAGGUAGCGAAGAAGGUCUUGGAAGAUAUGAGGAGCUCGAGCUAUGAAAUCUAG